GUGUAGGCUUUAAAAUACUGCAUUAUGUCUGGACGUGGCAAGCAAGGCGGCAAAGUUCGCGCCAAGGCUAAGACUCGCUCUUCUCGCGCCGGGCUCCAGUUUCCCGUGGGCCGAGUGCACCGCCUGCUCCGCAAGGGCAAUUACGCUGAGCGGGUCGGGGCCGGCGCACCGGUGUACUUGGCGGCGGUGUUGGAGUACCUGACGGCCGAGAUCCUGGAGCUGGCGGGCAACGCGGCCCGCGACAACAAGAAGACGCGCAUCAUCCCGCGCCACCUGCAGCUGGCCAUCCGCAACGACGAGGAGCUCAACAAGCUGCUGGGCAAAGUCACCAUCGCUCAGGGCGGCGUCCUGCCCAACAUCCAGGCGGUGCUGCUGCCCAAGAAGACCGAGAGCCACCACAAGGCCAAGGGCAAGUAAGGCCUCAAGAGCAACGCCUUCGAAACCAAAGGCUCUUUUCAGAGCCACCUACUUUUUCUGCGGAGGAGCUGGGACAGUAGUUUCAUUUAAUUCCAUUGUCAUUAUUGCCUGGGGAAAAGAAGUUACUUCAUGUAAUUAAUUUGGCAAGCAGUUUGAGCCACUUUUCGGACUCCUAGUCAUGUCCUCGGAAUGUCAGGAAGAUAUCAAGAGCUUUGGUAAGGAAGUGAGUGCAGUGUCAAGAUGCAAAAUGAAAGUAUCUUUAAGGGCCCCUGAGGACAAUGAAAACACUUUCUCGGCUUAUUUGCAGUAUAUAACUCGACCUCUGCCAGUGCUAAAGUUAUGCUCUGUGCCUUGAUUCCUGCAAUAUCAAAUUAAAAAUAGAUGUGUGUGCAGUGAAUUAGGUGGCGCAUAAACCGGAAUAAAAACGUCUACCAUUUGAACAGAAACAGUUGACCUAUCUGAACGUGACGCGGGCUUUUUAACUUUAAAAAGUUCUUUGUAGCUAAACACCCAGGAACCAAAAUGUCUUAAAAUGGUCAACUCACAUUUAACAUGUUUG